UAUCUGUGGUGCCAUGAUCAGGCAGCCGAAGAGACAGCCUCGAGCGGAAGUCCCUCGGAGGAGCAGGAAGGAGGAGGAGGGCGGUGGAAGGAGGGAGUGCUGCGAUCUCUGAACGGCUCCUUAUGGCGGCGCUCAGGAAGGCCGGAGACUGAAAACCUAGGUCUUUGGUCAAUCUUGAAGGACAAAAGUACCCCAAAUACUUCUUAAAUAGUUGUAAUAAUUGGAGCCAAGAAUAUAUUGGAUCACAUCUUAUUCUGGAAUUCAUCUUCUUCUCCAAACAGUUCUUUUUGUUUGGCAGUUUCAAUAAUAUAUGUUGACUGAGCACCGAAAGAGAGCAACUGCAGCAUCUUUCCUCUUUGUGUGAAGAUUGUUUUUAACAAUGGCUAGCCAGCAGGAUACAGUGGGAAAGGCCAAAAAAGAAAGCCUGCCUCUGUGGUGGAGAUCCCCCCACAAAAAACGGAAGAAAAAGAGUAAAGCAAGAGCAGGAAGACCAGAUUUUACUAGUAUUCCAAGCAGGCCAGAAUUUGUUCGGCAAGAAUUUGUUAGGCCAGAAUUUGUUCGGCAAGAAUUUGUUAGGCCAGAAUUUGCAAUAUUUGUAGGAGAGAUCACUCCUGAGGUGGAUGAUUUCUUGCUCUAUGACUACUUUUUCAAGAGGUACCCAUCAUGUGUAGACUGUAAAGUGGCCACAGAUCUGCUGGGAUAUUCCAGGGGUUAUGGCUUUGUCAGAUUUUCUGAAGAAGGUGAUAUGAUGAGAGCUUUACAAGAUUGUCAGAAUGCACCUGGUCUAGGUGGAAAAAGAAUUCGAUUGACUUUAGGAAUUUCUAAAAGAUUGAAAGUGGAAUUUCAGCGGUACCAGCCCUAUAGCUAUAAUGACUAUUACCAAGACUAUCAGAAUUACUAUCGCCAGUAUAAUUAUGACAGAAAUGAACGAUAUGAACGCUUUGAUCGUUAUGAACGAUUCGACCGCUUUGAUCGGAACAACCGUUUUGGUGAACGUUUUCCUGACCGUUACCCUGAGCACUCUGGUGAACGUUUUCCUGAACGCUAUGCUGAGCGCUUUGGUCCUCGUUUUGGUGACUACCCUGAAUAUGGAGAUUUCCCUGAAUAUGGAGACUAUGCUGAUUAUAGCGACUACAACUACAGCUAUGCCUCUUAUGAUAGGAUGCAACAGACUGGAAAUAUGGGACAGCAAUCAAUGAAUCCAGCUGUAUUCCAGGAUACUUCUAUGAUGAUGAAUGAUGACCUAAUAACAGAAGAUCCGCAGCUCCAUGUGGAUGUUCACAGAAUGAACAGAGAAUUUAUGGUGAGAAGUGAAGAACUCUUUGACACACUUAUGAGCUGUCAUUGGCAACCUCUGGAUACAGUCACCUCUGAAAUCCCAACUGCUUUCUAAAAGUGUCUUAUGUUAACACCAUAGCAUGACCAUUAUGACCAAGGUGCUAAAUUGACAUCAUUUCUACAUACUUUAGACCCUAAGUUUUUAAAGCACAGUGAUGGAUUUUUUUUGCUAUGCUUUGAUGGCCUUUGUAAUUUUUGUUCAUCACUCAGUAUCUUGAAAUCAUGUAAAUAUUCUAGAAAUGUAAAGAGUUGGUCUAUAAAAAUAGACUUACCUAUGUAAAUAAUAAAACUUUGUUUCUGCAGA